AUGAAAAAUCUUGGUGAUGCCAAGAAAAUUUUGGGCAUGAGCAUAGAAAGAGAUAGGGAGAAAUCCACCUUGCUGCUGCAUCAGACUGAUUAUGUGAAACAAGUCCUAUUGAAAUUCAACAUGGAAAAUAGCAGAUCUGUCAGUGUGCCUCUUGGUUCUCAUUUUGAAUUAAGUAAAAAGCAAUGUCCUAAAACUGAUCUUGAACUUGAAGAAAUGAGAAACAUUCCUUAUGCUAAUGCUAUAGGUUCUGUCAUGUACUUGAUGAUUAGUACUAGGCUUGAUAUUGCUUAUGUUGUUUCUUGUUUGAGUAGAUAUAUGGCAAAUCCUGGUAUUCCUCAUUGGGAAGCUUUAAAAUGGUUGUUUAGAUAUUUGAAGUCUACUAUGCAUCAUGGUCUGAAUUUUUCUAAAGCUCAAGAUGGUAUUAAAUGUGUUGGCUAUGUUGAUUCUAACUAUGCUAAUGAUAGGGAUAAUAGGAAGUCCACCACUUCUUAUGUGUUUACUCUGUGUGAUGCCUGCAUUAGUUGGAAAUCCCAACUGCAAAACAUUGUUGCCUUGUCUACUACUGAAUCUGAGUACAUUGCUGCAACUGAGGCUGUGAAAGAAGCUAUUUGGCUUGAUGGUUUGCUGUCUGAAAUCAGAUUCAUUGAUCUCUGA